AUGGCCCUCAUGGCACGUGGAGAAAGAGAGAACCAAACCGGCGUGCAGGAGUUCAUCCUCCUGGGCUUUCCCGGAUCUUGGUCUUUCCGGAUGUCCCUUGCAGAGCUGUUUUCUGUGCUCUACGGCCUCACGAUCCUAGGGAACGUGUCCAUCAUCGCCUUGGUGGGGACCCACCCACAGCUCCACACCCCCAUGUACUUCUUCCUCUGCAAUCUCUCCUUCCUGGAGAUCUGGUACACCACUGCCUGCAUCCCCAAGGCCAUCGGCGUCAUGCUGGGCACAAGCCAAACCAUCUCGUUCACUGCCUGCAAGAUACAACUGAUUUUUUCCCUUGCCACUGGCUCAACAGAAUGUUUCCUCCUGGCCGUCAUGGCCUACGACCGCUACCUGGCCAUUUGCUACCCCUUGCGUUACAGCACCCUCAUGAAUAGCACCUUCUCCGUGCAGUUGGUCCUUGUGUCUUGGUUGGGCGGUUUCCUGGCUAUCUCCGUGCUGGCGGCUCUAGUAUCCAGGUUGUCUUUCUGUGGUCCUAACGUCAUCGAUCAUUUCCUUUGUGACAUAGACUCCUGGAUCGCCCUCUCCUGCACUGACACACACCUCGUUGAGCUUGUAACCUUCCUUCUAUCAAUCAUUGUUGUCUUGGUCUCAUGCGCGAUAACGCUGGUCUCCUACAUUUACAUCAUCUCUACCAUUUUGAGAAUCCCCUCAGCCCAAGGCCGGCAAAAGGCCUUUUCCACCUGCUCGGCCCACCUCGCUGUCGUGACGCUCUGGUACGGCUCCCUCAUUUUUCUGUUUGUCAAGCCUUCGAAACACAACUCAAUGGAUUUGAAUAAAACCAUCAACAUCUUCAGCACUGUGGUCACCCCGCUGGUGAACCCUUUCAUUUACACGCUAAGGAACAAAGAUGUGAAGGACGCCUUGGCGAAGACUUUCAGUAGGAUGUGA